UCUAAUCUUGGUUCAGUUGCAUUUUUGCAGGGUAAUACAAGCAAAAACAUUCAUGACAUGGAAAGCACCAGCCUCUGCAGAGGAUUAAAAAAAAGGCUGGUCUUUGUUGUUGAAUCCAGGAUUGUAAUAAAGGUGCCCAAGCUAGCCUCAAAGGUUGCUCUGUCUACCUAGAGAUGCUGAAUAGGACUUUGAAACAGUUUAUGGGUACCAGUGCAAUGUUGUUCCUGUGCCUCGUAUCAUCAGGACCGUUCAAUUUACAGCUCCAGUGUGGUGUACUGUACUUGGUGCUGCUGCCAGUAUUGUAGUUAGCUUGACAGAGCUAGUGUAGGUGAUCAGUGCUGGUUUGAUAGAUCCAAAAUGUCUGAUUCUGGGAAAACUGGGGGCGUUAGAGCAGCUCAGUGGUUUAACUUAAAGAGUAAUUUAGUAGUUGUGUGGAAAAAAAAAUCCAAGGAAAAUAUGUUGUUACUUUGAAAAAUAUCAACUAGAGUCUGUUAGAUGUCAGAAGACAGCGCCUAAAAACACGUGGUUUUAUUUGAUUCCUGUGAGUGUCCUCUGGGUAGUAUCAGGAAUUAACAGUGUUAUCUGAAUUGCUGGGAGUUCAGGAGAGCAACUAGAAGCGAGGAGUCAGUACUGUAUACGUAAGGAGCUCUGUGCAAAUGCUCUGCAGACUGUCAUCUGGGAAGCCUUGGGAAUCCGGCUUUGAAAUAUUUACGCAAAACCACUACCAAAGAUAGUCAUUUCAGACAAACCAGCAGUUUGCUCAGGUUGAUCUGAACGCAGUAACCAGCAAGUCCUGAGUAAUGCCACCCAGGAGACAGCCCUCAUGGGGUUUUCAUAGUGAUCAAUGCAGUCUGCCAUUGCAGAAUAGCUUCCAUACACGUUUCCACAAUGAGCUGACCCUGGGCAGGAGGGGAAGCUGAGAGUGCUGCUGCUUUUCUGCACUCUGUCCUUUCUGCAGUUCUUAGCUGAUCAUCUCGUCAGGUAUCUGUACUAAUUUGUUCCUACUGCUCAUGUCAGAUAAUACCUGAAGAGAGGUGAAAGAAUCACAGCUUGCCCUGGCUUUAUCUCUGGGGGAAGCACCACUUCUGGCAUGCAAGGGACAGUGGUGUAACAGCACAAGAUUUUCUCCUUUAGCACAGACUUGGGCAGUAGGGCUGUAUUAGCUCUGUCACCAGAAGAAACAGUCCUACAGAAAGGUUGCUUCGAUGUUAUCUAGAUACGCGUUGGUGUUUAAGCGAGUCAGUGCAUUUUUAGAUACGUAUAUUUGUACAAUUUGUACACUGAGACUUUCCGCUGGAGACUAGUGUGCUCACUCUGACUUUUUUGUGGUCAGCAUGAUUUUUAAAAAGCGCAGAAAUUGAAAGGCAGAUGAAAAAACGUGGUUAAUUAAAUGUGAAAGGUGCUGUCCUUGUUUGGACUGUCUGUUAAUGGUAUGACAAGCUCUGGUAAAGAGCUUAGCUGGCCAGAUUAAAAUUAAAAAAUUGUCUCAGUCCAUCUGCUAGCUCCAAGGAGUUUACUUCCAUCACCUUUUCUUGUUUCUUCACUAAAGCGGAAUACUGUCUUUGAAAAGAACAUUCCCAGGACGUCUUGGUUGACUUUUUCUACCUGUUUUUUCCAAAGAUAAUUAUAUGUGACAUCAAGAUACUUUCAAGAAGGGUAAUGCUCUUGGUUGGUUCAAGGAUACGUUAAAGACAACAGCUCUUUUGCUAAAAGGGAUUUUCUUUUAUUUUUUUUUUUUCCCCUUGCAUCUUGGUUUUUUUGACACAAAAAAUUAUGUUUGGCUUCAUUUGGAAAAUCUUUCUUUGCCUUCCGGUUUUGGGAAUGAUUAAAGGCAAUCUUCAAAUAGUUGCAGCAGAAGGUUAUUCAGCUACAGAAGGAGGACAGGCUAAAGAUGGUUCACCAACACCUCAGCUCAGUGGCUGGCAGUUGGCAAACCCUUCUCUGCCUCCUGAGUUGAAAAAGCUUAAUGGCAUCGUGGAGGCUGAACCGGUCAACAAGAAUUUGCUGUUACGAAGGAAGCGGUCCAUUCUGUUUCCUAGCGGAGUUAAGAUCUGCCCUGAUGAAUCUGUUGAGCAGGCUAUUGCCAACCAUCUGAAGUAUUUCAGGCUCAGAGUGUGUCAGGAAACAGUCUGGGAGGUCUUCAAGACAUUCUGGGAUAGACUGCCAGAGCGUGAAGAAUAUCACACCUGGAUGAGCCUGUGUGAGGAGGGAACGAUGAGUGUCUUUGAAAUGGGCACGAACUUCAGUCAGUCUGAGGAGCACCGGCGUCUGAUUGUGAAGAAACUGUCCUAUACAAAGGAAGCAAUGGGCAGCUCCUGCACUGAUUGGUCAUGUGGCCAAGGUGGUCCAGGGCAUCACUCAUGCAGCGGUAGUGGGACUCCAACUCCAGCUUCGGAUGCUGACGUUACCACAUUGAGAGAUGCAGCUGCCAAUGUUCCUCCCCCUCAUGAGAUCUCUGUAGAGACUCCUGUGGGUGGUACUGUCCAUGAGAUCGAAGAUCCAGACACUACUAUCAAUAAUGAGAUUGAGAAGCAGGAUGAGAAACUAGUGAGACCUGUAACUGAGCAGAUAAUUGAGUUCAGCAUUUUGAUUGUUGGUGAAAAAUACAGCGAGGAGCUGAGUGACCCAGCUGCUGUGAAGCAUCAAGUGCUCUCUGAACAAUUCAUUUCUCAGAUGGAAAGUGUAUUUGAAGGACUACCUGGAUACAAAAACAUCCAAGUCCUGGAUUACAGCUCUCCUCAGGAGGACAGUGGGGUGGAAGUUCACUAUGCUGUAACGUUUGAUGGAAAACCCAUCAGCAAUGCCACCUGGGACGUGAUUAACCUCCAUUCCAACAAGGUGGAGGACAACUCCUUUAUGGGCAUAGAGGAUAAUCCAACAGUUGUGUACUCCAUCAGUGAUUUCCGAGAUUAUAUUGCUGAAAUCCUCCAGAAAAAUGCCUUGCUUGAAAACACUUCCUUGUCUUUAGACCCUAACUCUCUCCAACUUACUAAUGUGAAAGAAAUACUGCACCCUACACCCGAAGACCCAUCUUGGAUUACUGAGUACCCAGUCGUGCUGGAGCGCCCAGAGUUCGAUGACAGCACCUUUUUAGCUGAACGGCCUUCAGCAGAUGAAUCAACUGUCAGCAAUACCUUGCCCUUUGAUUUCGCCAAACCAGAUUCCACUUCAGAUAGUGAACAGUCCAAUGACAAUGAAAUCCGGCCAAGACCAGAAAAUGUGGACUCUGAGGCCAGUUUGGCACCUGAAGCUCCGCUCUCCUCAGAGGCUGAUGUCACUUCUUUGCCUGAUGGGCAGAAUUUAGAGGAUGGGAAUCAGACUCCUCAUUUGGUCACUGGACCAGUGUUAGGGCGUGAUUCUGUGGACUCUCUGGAAUGGCUUUCAGCCCCCAGUUCUUUAGAUGUGUUUGAAGAUACUGGACUAUCUGAAGACCUUUUGCCUUCAACUCCUCCUCACCUUGUGCCUGAAGAACCUCCACCUACAGAUGAUUAUGCAGUUCCUCUGCUUUCUGCACCAACAGUGGCCUCUUCAUCAGUCACAGAGACUGAUAUUAAAGAAACAAUAUCUGCUGAGAAGGAAGAAGUAACUCAAGGUCGUCCUGCAGGCAGUAGCAAUGCAGACUCUGUGUUGCAUGAGUCUGUGGAAGAAAUUCCUUUUCCCUCAGAAGUACACCCUGUGGAAGAUGAAACUGAUAUAUAUCUUGGAGAUAGAGUUAUAUAUGAUGAUGGGUCUGGUUCAGCUUUUGAUGGUUCAGGAAAAGAAACGGAAUCAAGUAAUUGGCCUUGGGAAGAGGCAACACUGGAACCAGUUUUCUACCCUGGUCCCGAUAGCUGGCUUGAUGAUGACAACGAGUCUUUGUUAAUCAGAACUGAGGAUAUUCCUGAAGGCAUGAUUUUAGACUAUAUUCUUAACUCUGGGAAUAAAUUAGAUGAUGUUCCUUCCAAAGAUGAGAAUGAAGGUAUGGCCAAUAUAAAAGAAGAUUUUCUCGAUGAGUCUGAAAUAUUUGUCUUUCCAGAGACUACAACUAAGCAGGUACCUCUGUUACAGACAGAAGAGCCAUCAUCUGUGGAACCAUCUACACAGACAGAAACGUUGGGCAUGUAUGAUUCCUCUUUUGUUAAACCAUCCUUGGUUUUGGAGCCUUCAGUGGACCACUCCUUUGUAGACAUGCCAACUGGAGAGGCCCCUGUCUCACCACACAAUACAAGUCUGUCUGUGGAAGAUCGUCUUACAUCUACAGGGACUGUCAGUAUGGAGCAACCUAUAGAGUCCAGUGUAGGUCAGAACAUAAUUUCUGAAGCAGUUGAACACCAAAAUGAAGACAGGACAACAGUAGAACUAUUAUUCACAGUGAAGCAGUCAGAUGUAACCGAAGCUGCUCCAAUAGGCCACUUGGACGCAAGCUCUUCAGAAACUAUUCUGGCUGCACAUCCUUCCAUGGUAAACACUGCGGGUUCCACAGAAGAGCAGCAAACCCUAGAUUCAUCACUGGCAGGCCAAGACACUACCGAAUCAGCUGUGAAGAAACCAGCUGAUGUUUGGCCUACUGACACAGCACUAGAAAACUCAUUAGAUCAGGCAGUGCAAUCAGCAAUGCCAACUGCCACUCAAGUUUCAACUGUAGUUCCUUCUGUAAUAGAUCAGACCACUGUUCCAGAAGGCUUCGCCGGACAGGGUGGUACAGACCAUGACACGCAUGUUUCCAUGAGCUUCAGCACUGUUAUGAACUCUUACCUAACAGUGAGUGUAACAAGCACUGUUGAGCUUCCGUCCCAUCUCCCUCCUGUGGGAUCCACGGCAUCCUCGUCUGUGGCUACCUCAACAAAGCUGGGAGAUGAAACAACGAGGGUCCCGAAUGUUUCAGUGGACCUGGAUCAUGUGAGCACUGUCCACUUUUCUCCUGAGCUGACUGAGGGAGGAAGGAGCAUGACUGAAAGUCACAUGGAGCUAACAACUCGUGUCCAGUCCACAGAGAUGGCCAGUGUGGCUUGGGCCACACAUGAAAAUCACAAUAGUACUCCUGUCUCAUCACGAGCUCUAGUUGUGUUUUUCAGUCUUCGGGUUACCAACAUGAUGUUUUCAGAGGACCUGUUUAAUAAAAACUCCCCUGAAUACAAAGCGCUGGAGCAGCGAUUCUUGGAACUGCUGGUGCCCUACCUUCAGUCAAAUCUGACAGGCUUCCAGAAUCUGGAAAUCCUGAACUUCAGAAAUGGCAGCAUCGUGGUGAACAGUCGAAUGAAAUUUGCCAAACCUGUGCCUCGGAACGUCACCAACGCUGUGUACAUGAUCCUGGAAGACUUCUGCAACACUGCGUAUCACACCAUGAACCUGGCCAUCGAUAAAUACUCCCUGGAUGUGGAAUCGGGUGAACAAGCUGAUCCCUGCAAGUUCCAGGCCUGCAAUGAGUUCUCCGAAUGCUUAGUAAAUCGCUGGAGUGGGGAAGCUGAGUGCGUCUGCAAUCCUGGCUACCUAAGCAUCGACGGGCUGCCAUGCAAUAGCAUUUGUGAUCUGCAACCAAACUUCUGCCUGAACGACGGGAAGUGCGACAUAAGCCCUGGGCAAGGGGCCAUCUGUAGGUGUCGUGUGGGAGAAAACUGGUGGUACAGAGGGGAGCACUGUGAAGAAUAUGUGUCUGAGCCACUGGUUGUGGGUAUUGCAAUUGCUUCUGUGGCAGGAUUCCUUCUUGUGGCAUCUGCUGUCAUCUUCUUCUUGGCCAGAACCCUUCGAGACCAGUACACAAAGAGUGAAACUGAGGACUCACAGGGGCAGGGUGACAGCCUCUCGUCCAUUGAGAACGCAGUUAAAUACAACCCCAUGUAUGAAAGUGAUACGACUGGCUACAGCCAUUAUUACCGGAGAUACCCUCAGCUAACAUCCUACAGUUCUACCAGUGCAGAGACAUCCACAGACUACAGCAGUGAAGAGAUCAGGCACAUUUAUGAAAACAGUGAGCUUACUAAGGAGGAAAUUCAGGACCGAAUUCGAAUUAUAGAGCUCUACGCUAAAGACCGUCAGUUUGCAGAGUUUGUUAGGCAGCAUCAAAUGAAGCUGCUUUAAGAAAAAAAGAAAUCAGUAGAAAGCAUUGGGAGAUAAAGACUACCUUGUUGCCAUAGCAAUGGGCUCCGAUGUAACUGCAAAGUUACUUAUAGUCUUAACAUUGCACGGAUGGAUACAGAUGUUUUCUAAAUGAACAGCUAAAAUGUACAGAUGUCUGUUUAUCUCAAUUACUUCUGGCUUUUCUGUGUAAAGUGACAUUUUAAGAGGUGAUCAGAAGUGGCAGAGGUUAUGAAAGUUCAUUUUUGUUUAACUCUGAAAGGAACAGUGAAAGUUUGUAUACCAAGGCAAAAAAAUCUCCUCAGGUAAGAGAAGAUAAAUGCACAACCAAAAUAAAAUGCACGUUCAAAAUCCCUGUCUGGCAUUUAACCCCUCACUGGAGGCUGCUGUAGCGAUUUCACAGGUAUAAAGCACUAGUGGAAAGAAAUAUUUGGUUUGCAUGCAAAUGAUUUGUAGGGGAGAACUAAUGUGCUAGAAUUGUGUUAGCGUUAUUUUAAAGCAUUCCCAUUAUAAACACAAACAUAACCUCACUGGAAGAAUUGUUCUUUUGUACAGAUGCAUGCUGUACAUUUUGUCACAGGGCAUUAGCAAAGCAGAACAUAGCGCUAAGCCUGCAGGCCUCCUAAAGGCUCUCCCCAACAAUAAGCAUCACCCCUGGCUGCCAGUGACGCAGUACAGUGCAGUGUUUUUAAAGCCAGGAUGGUUGGUUCUCCGGCUGUUCCUGGCAGACACACACAAGCUGGGGCGCAGAAGGGCUUCUAUCAUACAGAUGUUCUGUGAAGCUUAAGUGACUAACAUUGACCUUUUUUGUAUGUAGACAAUUUGUUUGGUAUUUUAUAAGUUAAUAAGCAUUAUUUAUUUGUUGUGUAUUUCCCUACCAGCUUUUUUCACAAUGGAUUUAAUUGUUGAAAUAGAAAGACGAAUAGUUCAAUGAUGAAAUACUAACGUGGCAUUUGUGCCCACCCUUUUUAAAAAUGUAUUUAGUGAUUACUCAGUGUCAAAUUCAGCCCACUAAUAUUUGUAUUUUCAUUGCUGAACUGGGCAAUAGCCUGCCAUGAGCUCUGUUUCAAAAUCAGGCUGUGGUACUUAAGUGCAUGCAUAUUUGGUAAAGGGGGAAGGGAAAAAAUGAGAUUAUUCUUGGCUUAGCGGAAGUCAGUGUAGAAUUCCUUAAACAGAAGUUGUCAGCCUGAAGCAUUUUAAAAUAGCUGAAUUGAGAUGGGGACCUCUGAGGUACAGAAACGGAGUUUUAUCUCAAGUUACAAAGAGAGUUCUGACUACAUGUUAAAGCGUGUUGGGCCUCUGUUCAGUCACCCAGUGUCUCUUGUUUAAGGCAUUAACACGGCUGUCAGGGUUACGGCAUUAAUAGUCUCACAUCAGCUUCUGCUACCACACAAGGCCAAGUUAUUUGCUAUUUUUACAAAGGCUGUAGUUCUUGGCCCACAUGUGCCAACAGCCACCGGAUACUUUUUAGAGUUAAGUGAUAGCGAGAAUUACUUACUUGUCUAUAGGCAACUUUGCUAAACAAGUGAAUAUUUCAAUGCAAUUCUUCUAUGUGUUCUGGAGCACCUCACUGGAUCACUUGUGCAGCAUCUUCUUGCCUUGAGUGGCAGGGAAUGGGUAUCAGAGCCACACAUCUGUCAAAGAAAUGCUGACAUAAACCACUGUAAGCCUGAAUAACGCAAGACAGCAGGAAGUAAGAUAGUGCUGCUGAAUACCAUUGUAACCAGAUGUUAUGAGACAGAGACCCCACUGUGCUGGGUGACCGAAGGGCGCUCAGAGCAGCUGAGAGCUGCUCCAGUGUUUCUGAGGCACAGCCCACUCCCUCUUGCCCCUGCAGCAGCACGGCUGAGCCAUCCAGUUACACCAGGGCUUUGUCAUCGUGGUAACUGUACGACAUACAUCGAGAAGUACAGGGCUCAGGCUAGGCAUCAACCUGUCACUGGUUCCUGUGCAGCUGGGAAGCUGCCAGCCCUGGCAGCUUCGGUGCUGCUCCUGCUAAGCACAGCAGUGGCUGGCAUCAGGCACAUUUUAAAGGUAUUCUAGUAUUUGCUGUGCACAAGCUGAGGCGAGUCUCAGUUAUACUGAGUAUGAGGUAUUUCAGUGUAUAUACAGUGACUCUUUUCUUUGUGUGUGUGUAUAAUACAUAUGAACAUAAUGGUAUCUUAUUUUCACUACAAUAAAAAAUUAUUUCCAAAAUA